CGUUAAAUAUCAAACAUCACAAAAUUUAAAAAGCUUAAAAUUAGGCUUGUGAAUGACUAUAUGCUCUAAAGCCGUCCGAAAGUAAUUGUAUAUUGUUUUAUGUUAAGUAAAAUAGUAUUACAGUUUAUUUUAACUAUCUCCGUAAACAGAUUUAUAACCUCAAAAAAAUCAAAAAUAUUCAAGGAAAGGAAUUGUGCCAAGUGGAAAAUUUGUAAACCGAUCUUGACCAUUUAAAUUAAUAAAUUUCAGCAAAUGCAGUCGCAAGUCAAUUGCCACAACUACAGCACAAUUUAGAGCGUCUCCUCCAACUUCGACAAAAAUAGUUAAGGGAAUGGCUGCAAUAGAUAAGUCAAAUUUUCUACUUCCAAACAACCAGAGAUUUGUGGAGCUUGAUAGUUCACAGGCCUUCAACAAUUUGACAAAUCAAGAAAAAUUAUAUGCUCAUUAUUUAAGUCAGGCUGCAUGGAAUGGUGGACUUAUUGUUCUAAUUCAGACAAGUCCAGAAUCUCCACGGAUUUUUUCCCUGCUACAUAGGAUUUUUGUAGCUCAACCCUUGGAAGAUCUAAAGGCUGCAUCUUUGAAAGCAGGUGUCACUGAAGAUGAUUUUCAGGCUUUCCUCGUAUACGCCGGUGGAUUGUUUGCCAAUAGUGGCAACUACAAAGGAUUCGGAGAUACUAAGUUCAUUCCAAACUUGUCUGAGAAUGCUUUCGACACUAUCGUGAGAGCGUCGAAAGCAUACGAGAAUGACACUACACAUAUCACUAAGCUGUGGCAAAACACCAAGAAUGCUAUUUUUAGUAUAGAACUGAGACUGACUAGCUUAGGAUUGGCUGAUAAAGGAGUUACAACAUAUUUUUCAAGCAACUGUACUGAGGCUGACUCAAACCUGGUGAAUGAUUGGAUGAAGACCAAGAGAAUAGAGGCUUACAUUUGUCGAACAUUCAAAACAACGGCUGGAGAUGGAUUACCUUUAUACACAAUCCAUUUGGCGAGCGUGGAGACGUCACCCAAGCCGCCAUUGACCAUGGACAAGGAGCAAUACAAAAAUGCCUACUUCCAAGUGACGCGCGGUGACUACUCGCCACUACUGCGGAUCGUCAACGAAAACCUUCGCAAGGCGCAGCAGUACGCGGCCAAUGACAACGAGAAGAAUAUGCUCAAACAUUAUAUUAACAGCUUCAGGGAAGGUAGCUUGGAUGAGCACAAGGAGGGCAGCAGAUAUUGGAUUAAAGAUAAGGGGCCAAUCAUCGAAACAUACCAAGGGUUUAUAGAGACGUACCGCGACCCGAGUGGGCAGCGGGGGGAGUUCGAGGGGUUCGUGUCUAUGGUCAACAAGGAGAUGUCCAAGAAGUUCGGUACUCUGGUCGACGGCGCCGAGGGAUUCAUCAAGCUGUUGCCGUGGGGUGAAGACUUGGAGAAGGACGCGUUCCUGCGUCCGGACUUCACGAGCCUGGACGUGCUGGCCUUCUCCGGCAGCGGCAUCCCCGCCGGCAUCAACAUUCCUAAUUACGACGAGAUCCGUCAAAACGAGGGCUUCAAGAACGUGUCCCUGGGGAACGUGAUCCCGGCCGCGUACAAGGAGUCCGUCAUCCCGUUCCUGUCAGACUCCGACAAGCAGCUGCUGGAGAAAUACAGAGUCGCUGCUUUUGAGGUUCAAGUUGGUCUUCACGAGUUGCUGGGCCACGGCAGCGGCAAGUUACUGAGGCAGAACGCGGACGGCAGCUUCAACUUCGACAGGGAGAAGGUCAGGAAUCCGCUCACUGGCAAGCCCAUAGAGCAGUGGUACUCGGAGGGGGAGACGUACGACAGCAAGUUCACGACGCUGGGCUCCGCCUUCGAGGAGUGCCGCGCCGAGGCCGUGGGGCUCUACCUCUCGCUGCGCCCCGACAUACUGCAGAUCUUCGGUCACUCGGGUGAGGAAGCCGAGGACGUGGUGUACGUGAACUGGCUCAGCUUGCUGUGGAACGGAGCCGCCAAAGCCACGGAGAUGUAUCAGCCCUCCACGCAGACCUGGCUGCAGGCGCACGCUCGUGCGCGGUUCGUGUUGAUGCGGCUGUUGGAGCUGGAGGGCGAUGGGUUGCUGACCGUCACCGAGCCGGAGCCCAACAAGAACCUGCUGCUGACGCUACAGAGGGACCGCCUGGCCACCGACGGGAAGAGGAUCAUCGGCGACUUCCUAGUGAAGCUACAGACGAUCAAAGCGACCGGCGACGUCGGUGCGGGCGAGCAGCUGUUCAACAAGUACAGCCGGCUGGACGGCGCCUGGUCGCGCUGGCGCAACAUCGUCAUGAUGCACAAGCAACCCCGGAACAUCUUCGUGCAGCCCAACACUACACACGACGGUGACUCGGCGAGGUUGCACCGGUACGCGGCCACCGCAGAAGGCAUGGUGCGGUCGCUGGUGGAGCGCUUCCCGCGCACGGACGUGGACGACGCGCUGGAGCAGCUGGCGGAGGCGGAUAGGCGCUACUUCGCCGACCUGCACACGCUCACCGAAUGAUUGGCUUGCUUUUUAAUAAAUUAUGUACUCGCA